UCAAAAUGUGUAAACCAAUGUACUGCGUGGUGUUUAGUAUCAUAUAUCUAUCGAUAGUAGCAGCACAAAAAGCUGAUAAUGGCAAUACAAAGAUAGCGAACUUACAAAGUAAUGACCAGGACAGCAUGGACAAUGUGGAUGUUGAGGAUAUCAUGAACCAGUGCAACGAGACCUUCAGAAUUGAAAUGGCUUACCUUCAGGCUCUCAACGAAAGCGGAAGUUUUCCUGAUGAAACGGAUAGGACCCCGAAGUGCUUCCUGCUAUGCGUCCUGGACAACACAGGAGUGAUGAUGAAGGAUGGUGAUUUUGACCCGGAGCGCACGGCCGUGCUGUUCGCCGGGGAGCGCGCCGGGAAGGUCAUGGACGGCAUCCAGGACAUGGCCGCCGCUUGCGCCGACAGAAAGGAAAAAUGCAAAUGUGAGAAAUCUUACAACUACCUGAAAUGUCUCAUGACAAUGGAAAUCGAGAAAUAUGCGAACAAUAAUUAAAUAAAUGUGAACCCCGGCGCCAUUCGACGGAUAAUGACUUUGAGAAACCAUAAUGUAAUACAUGUAAACAUCACCAGUUGUGUAUUUUUCCUUCCUCAUAAUAAAAGUUCCUGAACACUUA